AUGAUAAAAUCAAGGUGUCCUUUUCUAUAAAAUGUGAUAUUCAGAUAAAGGUUGCAAGCUAUAAGCCAAGUCAGCAUUUAAUGUUGUGCAUGGAUAUUCAAUCGUUUCAUUGAUUUGCAGUAUACAAAUGACACGCUGACCCCAAAAUAUAAAACCUAGUGAAAAAAAUAGGGAGCAAUGCGAUGGUGCUAACAUGAUGUCGACCGUUCUGAUGAACCUAAAAGAAUGUCAGUUUAACACCACGUAUAACGGCACCACAUCUUUGGACGAUGCUAUUGUCUAUCGGUAUAGAACAGACAGACUACCAGAGACGGUUGCCGUCCGUAUCAGCACCUUUAGUUCCAAUUCUACUACGGUGUACCCAGUCCUGUUUGUGGUACGGGAACGAUUAAAUGUUCUGUCAUGGCAAAUACCUUUGGUUUUGAGAGACGUGUAUGAAUAUAGUUAUGCUAGUAGGAUCUUGUGCCCAGUUGACCUAAACCGGAACUUGGAUCAAGCUUUCCCUGAGGCGUUCACGGUGACCGUUUCCUCUCAGUCAACAGUUUCUGUGCCAUUCAGUCUAAAGGCAGACAUUCUUGAAGGUUUUACGAUCCAGGAUUCCAGGAACGUAGUGGCCUCCGCAUCCACCCCUGUUUAUUUGUUGUAUACCUUUCCCGAAGGACUGGACUCGGUUCACAUCCAAGCAAAUUCCGUAGACAAAACAUGUGCUGUUCUUUCCAUCCAAGAUAUCAAGUGCCCAGUCUUUGACCUUGACUCUGAUGUGGAUUACCAGGGCAAGUACCAAACCAUGACCACAUUUGGGGCGAUCACAGUUACUAAAAAGAUGUUCCCUCCUGGUCGUUUUUUCAUUGUGUUGGUCGUGAAACCAAACAAUUUGGAUUGUGACCCAAAUGAAAUUAAUGAAAUGAAUCAAGAGUCAUUGCAGAAGCAGAAACAUGUCACAAUCUCUGUAAAGACGGCCAUCACAGCGUCGCAAUUCUACAAAGCCAUCGGUUUGACAGUCGGUGUGUUUUUUGGCUUCUGCAUUGGAACCAUAUUAACAUAUAUUAUCCAAUGGUGUUGUCGAAAAUGCGGGGAAGAAAAUGCAGUAACUGAACGUACGCCUAUUGUGAACGCUGAUGAGAACGACGGUUGCCAGGCCAUGGAGACGUUGGAUGCAGACAAGAAUUUUGAUAGAACACGGACGCCGAUAUAUUUGUCGAGUCUUUCUCUGAAACGUGAAAAGAAAUCCGACAAAAACUUCAAACUGUAUUUCAAGAACCUUCUUGCAAUCGCCAUAUUCUACGGACUGCCUGUCCUUCAGUUAGUGAUCGCUUAUCAGAAGGUCCUGAAUAUCACAGGUAACAACGAUAUCUGCUACUACAACUUUGCAUGCGCCUAUCCAUGGGUAGGGAUGAGUGCAUUCAACAAUGUCUUCAGUAACAUCGGCUACAUGAUUUUAGGAUUUCUGUUCCUAGUUAUCGUCUACAUAAGAGAAUAUAUUCAUAGAAAACAGAGCACGACAGAUAUGACAACCGGAACCAAGUGCUGCCUCCCAUGUAUUGGUAUGGGAAGCUCAUCACGAAACAAUUCAACUAAGCUGUAUGGGAUCCCUCAACACUACGGACUGUUCUAUGCCAUGGGACUUGCAAUGAUCAUGGAGGGCAUUAUGAGUGCCUGCUACCAUGUUUGCCCAACUUUGUCGAAUUUCCAGUAUGAUACGUCGUUUAUGUAUGUGAUGGCUUGUCUGUGCAUUCUGAAGAUCUACCAGAACAGACAUCCAGACAUCACUACCAAGGUUCAUACCUACUACCUUGCGAUGGCCGUCAUAAUCAUUGUGGCCGUGAUUGGACAGUUGUACAGUACCCUUGCCUUCUGGGUCGUAUUUAUGUGCGCCUACAUGACUUUCUCACUUCGACUCAGCAUAGAAUUCUACUACAAGGGCCGCUGGGAAGUUCGGAAACUUGUUAUAGAUUGCUUCCAUGGCCGGUGCUGUAAAACAAAUUUAGACGGUGUCAGAAUUGAUCAUAAGGAUCGGUUGUGUCUGCUCCUCAUUGGAAACUUAUUCAGUUUUGGAAUCUCGCUCUACGGAGUCAUUAAACAGCCGCAAAGCGCUGCCAUGGUACUGUUGGUUGCGUUAAUUUUCCACCUGACACUAUAUUGUGCUUUCUACAUCUUCAUGAAGCUACUACAGAAAAAGCAGACAAAUGGCGAUACCGUAAGAUGCGUAAGAUGUGGAGAAAAAAUUCCGUGGUAUACCUGCUUGUUUAUCCUCCUAGCCGUGAUUUUCUGGGGUUUGGCAAUUUGGAUGUUCGUUGCAAAUCUCACAUCCUGGCAGGAAUCCCCGUCAGGGUCGCGGGAGCAUAAUGCGGAGUGUUGGUUCCUAGGUUUCUACGACAAGCACGACAUCUGGCACUUCUUCUCGGCAAUUAGCCUCUUCUUCUCCUUCAUGAUACUGUUGACGUUUGAUGAUCAUGACACGGUUAGUAAAAAGUCACGAGACAAUAUACCAGUCUUCUAGAAAGAUUACCACAUCAUUGAUUACAUAUUUCAAAUUGAAGACAUUGAAAACAUGUAAAAACUAUAGUGUCACUUUAAAGCGUAAACAUUUUUUUUUAAUUCUAUAAAUAUAACUACAUUAAAUUGUCAAACUUGUAUCCAUUAUCAUUACUGUUAAGUUGAUUGGACAAUGACUUUGAUUUAUUGUAUAUUUUAGUAUAUCAUACUUUUUAGGUUACGUAAAUGUUUUGUGAAUAAACUUAACCCAACCCCCUAUCACGUCCGUAAACCAGAUUAAACCCCAAAUCCUUUGCACUGACCGUUGGAAGGCUGUUUCACCAGUUUUAGUGUGCGUGUGCGUGUGUGUGUACUGUAUGAUUUUAUACUGUGUCGCAUUUGGCUCAAGUUGUUUGGCAUGCAUUCGUAUAGGACAAGUCUUCUUUGGUUUUUUGAUUGCUGUACAAUGACCAUUUGUCGUAAACAAAAUUAUCUUUAAGCAAAUGUGUAAUAAGGCAUGUAUGAUUCAUCGGCAAAUUUUAUUCGUGUCAAGUGUAAAUGUGCAUUGGAUUGGAUGCAAUUAUAAAAAUGCAUCUAUAUAACAAUAUAUUGUUAGUGUGACAACAGUGUACGAGUACAAAUACAUUAUAGUAUUUAA